CGCCUAAAGAAGUGUAAUCUAACCUCAGUUAUAUAAAUACACUUGAAAAAGUUUAUAAACACAAUUUCUAUGACUAAUAUUCACAAUAAAUAAAGGCUUUUAACGAUACGGACCAAUACUAGCCAAUCACUGAAGUCAGGUUCCCAAAGUGUGCGUCGUGGCGCCCCGAGGCGUCGUGGAGAGUAAUGGGGGCGCGAGGCGCUCCUCUCUCUCCUCCGGGAACUUAACUUACUUAUGUUCACAAUAAACACUUAAAAUGGCACACGCUGCAUGCAUCACUCGCUGGUUUGCCAGUGCUCACGCUGGGGUUGUAUUCGAAAAUGAGAUUGCACAUCAUAAUUUGUAGGUUUGCACCCCUACUUAUCUAACAUCCCGACUGUUCAGCAGAUGUAAACAUGUAAAUCACCUGAUUUGGAUACAUGUCCUGGAGCCUGCAAAAUGUGCUAUAAAAACUGUGAUUCUGAUCCUGAUUUACAAUGUUUACAUGCGCUGAACCAAUAUCUUAAUACGACAAUAUGGGAAACUUGGGCCAUUUAGCAUUGGUGAAGCAUGAGACACGUUACUGCUUUGCUUUCUAGCUAUUUUCCACUCCACGCUGCUAGAUGCCACUACUAUACUAGCCUCACACACUUCAAAGAAACGUAGUGACGCUCCGUGCCUCCAGGUUUGCUGACAUUACUUUCUCCCAUUUUCUUUACCAGUUUCCUGUAUUGUCUUGUUAACAAUAUUUGGCUGAACGCAUGGGCUGUUAAGUAGGAGUGCCAACCCCAAAGAGCACACGAAUGUCAGUUGCUUUGUUUUAAUUAUGUCGCUUUGGGUUUUCGUAAAAAGUCAAUCACUAAAUGGAAAAAUUUUUUAAAAAAAUAAGCAAGCCGAUAGUUUAAGUGAGAGUGAUCAACCAUCAAACUGAAAGGGGGGAGGAGAAAAAAGUGGAAAUAUCGCAAAUACAAUUAUAGUGCAAGAAACCUCACAACAUCUCAGAAGAACUAAUUCUACCGCUGCUCUCGACAUGAAGGAAGAUGAUCUUGUUCACUCGGUGAAGCUGACCUCCAGAGAAAGGCGGUUCAUCAAGUUCGCAUCUGUCGAGUACCACAACCAGCUCUACAUGACGCCACAGGACUUCUUGGAGUCAGUGGUCGAGCAGGAACCCCGACCCCGUCUCAAGAGAAAAUCAUUGACUGACAAGGAUUUGGAAAUUAUCAAGGACAGCACCCAAGGCUUAAACAAAGGUUCUAGCCAGAUGUUCAGGAACUUGCGGGACAAAGGUAUCAUCUCAUACACAGAGUAUUUGUUCCUGUUGUCCAUUCUAACAAAGCCAAGAAAUGGGUUCGAAAUAGCAUUCAACAUGUUUGACACAGAUGGGAAUAAAAGAGUUGAUAAAAAUGAGUUCCUUGUGAUCCGACAUCUGUGUGGUGGCAAUCUGAUGCAGGAACGAGAGAUUAACUCAGAAACUAGAGAAACACUCAUGAAACUUGUUGCGAAGCAGUAUGUGAAGCCAACCAUUGAUAAGCAGUCCAAAGAAGAGGUCAAGAAAACAUCCCCAUCAUUAAUGGAGAAGAUCUUCAGCUACGCCUGGAGAGGCAAGCACGGAGACCCCGCGACUCCUCUGCAGCCCGUGGGCGGCACUCCGGCUCACGAGGAGUUCGUGGACGACGACCAGGGCUUGCAGCGACGACACGUGGUCGACACAACACUUCUCAUCCACUUCUUCGGCAAGAAGGGGCAGGAUGAGCUCAAGUACGAGGGCUUCCACAAAUUCAUGGAGAAUCUCCAGAGUGAAGUUUUGGAACUGGAGUUCCAUGAGUUUUCAAAAGGCCACGAAACGAUCACAGAAGUUGAUUUCGCCAAGAUUCUUCUACGGUACACACAUCUUGACACAACCGAAUACGACAUGUACCUCGAUCGGCUGCUGGAUCGCAUCAAGGAAGAGAAGGGCAUUACAUUUGAUGAGUUCCGCACUUUCUGCCAGUUUCUCAACAACUUGGAUGACUUCGCCAUCGCCAUGCGAAUGUACACACUGGCAGAUCAUCCUAUAUCUAAAGAGGAGUUUCACCGGGCGGUGAAGAUUUGCACAGGCACCAGUCUCAGCCACCACCUGGUGCACACCGUGUUCCAGAUAUUUGACGAAGAUGGAGACGGCCAGUUGAGCUACCGCGAGUUCAUCGCCAUAAUGAAGGACCGACUGCACCGAGGCUUUAAGGGUUCUCGCAAGAUGAUCGUCCAACAAGAUGAGUCAUACACAAAGAAUGAAGGCUGGGAUGCGUUUAAGUCGUGUGUGAAGCAGGAAAUGAAGACUCCAGUCUGAAUGCUGCCAUCUGCUUUGAUUCUACCAGUGCUCAUGAAAUUGAGUACUAACACACCCUGGUGCUGAAUUUUAAAUGCUUUAUGAAUGUUGAGAAGUGUUCGAGACAAAAGAUUUUUAUACAGUAUUAUAAACGUUAUUACAGGCAAAAAUUUCAAGAAGUGUUUGCUUGAAAUUUAAUUAAUUCAUUGUGUAUGAAAAGUUUACUAAGAAUGUACGUAUAUUAUGAAACCUUGUUAACCUUCUUAACGUUCCUAAAUCUUAAGUUUUAAUAUUGAUCGCACCUGGUUGCACAUGAUGAGGAUUUUCACUCUGUUUACAAAUAUUAACUUCUUUUAGAUCUGCCAGUUAUUUUAAUUGCUUCUUUGUGAAUGGAAUACACGUGUUUUUUCUUUCUUUCAGAGAAGAGAAAAUAGCUGUUGUAUAUUUAAUAAAUGUUUCUAUUAGGCUGUGAUAUAACUCGGUCACAAAUAAAUUAUUACUGUUUGUAACAUUUAUGAUAAAUACAUGAUGUAUGU